AUGGCCGAUAAUACAACAAAAGAAACUAUAAAAUUACCAUGGACGCCCUUCUCUUCGGAUUACUUACCUUCUUCCUGUGAAAAACUUCCGCCUCACCAAUAUACAUUUCCACGUAAAUUCUAUCUUAUAGGCCCAAAAUCUCGAGAAUUGACAAUUUUUAGGUGGACAUAUUUAACAUAUUCAACUGUUUUAAAAAUAUCUUGGAAGUUGGUUUCUAAAGAUUUCUGUCCUUACCCAUCGGAGCUUUUGCCUUUUUUCCAAAAAAUAUUUAACCGAUACGCUCGUCGUGGUGUCCCUGAUUUAUCUGAAUGGCCUGUAGGUUAUGCUCCAUGUUGGUUUUGGUCUGUCCAGCCUGAAGAUUGGGGCACUGUGCAAAUGAUUAUCCGUAUUUCUUUAAAAUGGAUGAUCCACCAUAUUAUGAAAUUGAAAUGCCCCCGCGUAAGUCAGGGCAGAAAGAAAUCUGACGUUCUCGUUGCGUGGAUGGCUGGUAAUUGUAACCCUAAAAAUAAUCGUAGUGACUAUGUACGGGAAUUAAUGAAAUACAUCACAGUCCACUCAUUCGGCAUAUGCCUUCAUAACCAAGAAUUGCCUGAUGAUAUUAGAGAAAAAUAUAAUAUAAAAAAAGGUGAAACAGCUUAUUUCAGAGAACAUACGUAUGAAGUAAAGAUUGAUGUUUUUAUGAGAUACAAAUUUGUUCUCGCCUUUGAGAAUUCAAAUUGCGAAAGUUAUGUUACAGAAAAAGUUUAUGAUUCCCUAAAAAGUCAUACUAUACCCAUCUAUAUGGGUGCUUCUGAUAUAGAUGAUUUUGUUCCACCAAAUUCAAUUAUAAAAGUUACCGAUUUUAAAAUGUCGAAGACCUCAUUAAUUAUAUUCAUAAAGUUGCUAAUAAUCAAACAUUAUAUGAAAGUUAUUUCAAAUGGAAAAAUGAUAAAACUUAUAAGAAUUUCUGUAAA